AACCACUUUGUUUUAUAAGCUCGGAGCCACAGAUCCAGAAGCCAGAGAAACAAAAGGAGGGGAAUUAUAAUCCACCGGCGAAAUGGCGUUAUUCCUGGACGAGGAUGAGGUUUGGAAGUGUUCCAAACACCCCUCCAAGCGACGGAGGAGCGGAAUUUGCCCUGUCUGCCUCCGCGAACGCCUCCUCGCUCUCUGCCCUGAAUGUGGUAGCAUCCGCCCCUGCUCCUGCUGCGCCACCAGCUGUUCGUCGUCGUCGUCCUCCUCCUCUUCCUUCUCUCGUUUCUCCGUCCACACCUCCGGCGUCGGUGCAAUCGGCCGCGUGCAUAACCAAAUCGACACCGAGCCCGCUUUGCGUCGCUCUCGGUCCAUGGCGAUUCCGUUUCUCCGUUCUCGGACCAGAUUCUCCGGUAGCGAUAGAGGCUUGGAUCCCGAUAGUACCGAUGAAUCUCCGGCUCUGAACCGAAGCAGGUCGACGAGGUCAUUUUGGUCAAUGUUCAAGCCACAGAAGAGCAGCAGAAGCGAAGUGCAAGAGGAUCAGGAUCCUAGGAAAGUAUUGGCAGGGGAAUCGGUCGGUGAUGCGAGUACGAGGACGGCGACGACGAUGACGAGGUCGAGGUCGGUGGCGAUGUCGGACUCCGGCGGCCGGGAGAGGAGGUCGUCGGCAAAGGGAAGGGGGUGGUUCUUUCCGAGUCCGAUGAAGGCCUUCCGGCAACCGAAGGCAUCGAAAGUAAAUCAGGAAAGGUCUCCUUUGUAUAGAGGUUAAAAUUUUGAUUCUGUAGAUAGUGGCAAGAUAUAGAGCUUAUUAUAUGUGAAAGAAGAACUAAUCAUUUUUAUUGUAUCACACCACCACGUUAACAUCCCAGCUAAACCAUUCAUGCAAGCUAUCCAUAUUUGAAUUUUGAUCCCA